AUGAUCCGUUCGGUGACAUUGUCGUUUUUAACGGCCUCAAAGCCCCUCACUGUUUAUGACCUGGGAACCAGGGGAACCGGAGGAGACGCGCUGACCGCAGAAACGCUGCUGCCUCGGGCCUGGCCGCCCCGCCGGGAAGUGAUAUGUGAGCCCAGCUGCUUUACAAGAUAGUAAAGUCCACGUGUGUUGGGUGGAUGUGUGGGUGUCGUGCGCAUGUGUGCGUGCAUGUGUGUAUGAAAAAUGCAUGCACUCAUUAACUGUAAGUCGCUCUAGAUAAGAGCGUCUGCUAAAAUGACUAAAAUGUAAAAAAAAAAAAAAAAUGUGUGUAUGUGUUACUUGCAAGUCACUGCUCGCUGUAAGCACUUUAGGAACAGGAGAUACAGCCCUAGCCUGGAGCCUGGAGCAGCUGUGUAUGUGUGUGCGUGUGUGUGUGCGCCUGUGUGUCUGUCUGUGUUUCCAGUAUCUCAGCUAGCCUCUGACUGCCUCUCACUGUUGUAGCGCUACUGCUGCUUGCUCCAUUGUGGUCAUGCCCCUGGAAUGUUCAGCCGCACGAGACUUCAAAAGGUUUCAGACACACAUCUCAUUCAGGCCUAGGUGGCUUUAUUACAUGUGGACCUGUACUGAACUUUAUGAGUGGAAACCAAUAGGAAGUGUGUGUUAUACUGGGUACAUCCCAAAUGCCACCCUAUUCCCUAUAUAGUGAACUUCUUUUGACCAGAGCUCCAUGGGCCCUGGUCAAAAGUAGUGCACUACAUAGGGAACAGGAUGCCAUUUGGGAUGCUGUCUUACAGGGGAGUUCAGGGAGGGAGUCUGUAACGGAGGUGUGAUGACAGUUCCUCUUGUUUAGGCAGGGCUCAGAAGGAUGGAUGGAUGUCUUUUAACCUCCAUUUGUUUCUCUCUCUCUCUCUCUCUGUUUCUCUCUCUUUCUCUUGCUCUCUGUUCCUCUCACUCACCAUCUCUACCCCCUUUCUUUCAAUUUCAAUUUUCAAUUCCAUUUUCAAUUCAAACAAGCUUUAUCGACACAAGAACAUCCCAAUGCUAAGCAAUACACAGAACGUAACACAUGUCCAUUUCAUAAUGUCUUCUUUUUGUCUCUCUGUCUCUCCAGUUAACAUGGUGGAGGAGGCAUUGGAGUGUGCCAAGUCCUACCUGCUGUUCCACGAGGGGGAGGAGUUUAUGACAGAGAACGUGGAGUACUACAGAGAGGCCGUGGGCCACGACAUCAAACCCCGGGAGGUAAGACCUUGGUUACGUCCAAAAUGGCACCCUAUUCCCUAUAUAGUGCACUACUUUUGACCAGGACACGCAUGGGCUAUUCCCUAUAUAGUGCACUACUUUUGAUCAGGACCCGGAUGGGCUAUUUCUGAUAUAGUGCAUUACUUUUGACCAUGACAAGCAUGGCCUAUUCCCUAGCCUGGUCUCAGAUAUUUUUGUGCUAUAAUUUCAACUCCUUGUUAACCCAAACUGUUUGGCAUGAUAAUGAGUGGCAAGGAGUGGCAUGAUGUUACAAACAGACUGGUACCCAGGCUAGCUAUUCCCUAUAUAGUAUAGUGCACUACUUUUGGUAGUAAGAAAUAGUGCACUAUAAGGAAUAGUUUACAUUGGAGGGGACUUUAAUCAGUUAAUGUUACUCUUUCUACAUUGUAUGGCCAAAGAGUUGGGGCCCAAUGUUUAGUUUUCAUUCCUACAGAUUCACUGCCCAAUAGGUUUUAUAAGCCAGUUAUUGCUGCGUAAAUUUAAUGCCAGAUUUUUUAGUGACUCAUAUAAUUUGUGUUUACCGGCAACUAUAUCCCCUAAGUGUUCCUAAUUAUCAGGUUAUUGGGAAUGUAAAUGUGCUGAUAAUUUAGAGCCGACGUUUGGAAUAGGAUGCAUCUGAAAUGGCACACUAUUCCCUAUGUAGGGAAUAGGGUGCCAUUUGGGACGCAUCUAUAGUCAGUUUGCCUGGAGAACUAACUGGCAAAUUAGUGGCCGAUUUGCCCCCAAGAACUUGUCCCCCCAAAAAACGGUUGACUUCAAACCCUCAAACCUGCUCCACUCUCUGUACAGCCACGGAGUCUCUUGUUCUGCACUCCCUCCCUUACAGGCCCGUUUUCCUGGAAAGCCUGGAAGCUAUUAGAGUGAAUGUGAGUUCUCCCAGUACGGCCAGGGUGUGUGUGUGAGAGAGAGAUUGUGUGUGUGCGUGUGUGUGCAUGUGUUUGUGUGUGUGUGCAUGCCAGCGGACAAACCAAUGCAGCUGAUGACUAUGGUUAGGACUCUGACAUCAACCAUCUCAGUCCCUCUGGCUCUCUCCUCUCGGCCCCUAAACUCUCCAUUCCUCCAUUCCAUAUUUCUCUCUCUCUCUCUCAGCCCCUCUUCUCUCCUUUCCUGUCCAUUCCUCUCUCAUCUCUCUCUCUCUGCGGCCUUAGGGACCUCAUUUAGCCAGCAUAUAGAGCAGGAGAGAGCCGGGGUCUGCCUGCCUGCCUUCCUGCCAAAGACUCCUGUCUUUCAGGAACAGGGAGGAGGGGGAAAUCAAGCGCCAAUGCCCACAGAAACAAUUUAGGAGCUGUUUGCAUUACGGUUUCCGGCCACCGCAAACGCUACUGGCUGCUCAGGUUUCAAAACAUAACGUCGCCCCUUCUUGUCUAUUGCAGAUUAUCACACCUUCUUUCCCUCAUUCCUCUCCUCCUCUCCUACUCCAAACCUCUAUAAUGUAAGUCCAAGACAUUCCAGUCACACCAGCCCUCUUUAAGACCUUGCCAGGAAGGACUAGUAAAAAGCUCAGCUGUGAAAUGCCAAGAGGGUCGUUACAUGCCAUUUCAGCAAGCCGUGACACCCACCAUCUCAGAUUGUUCUGAAAUCAUUUCUGUAGUUAGAAACAGAUAAGAUUAGCAUUCCUGCAACAAUAUUUUGUUGAAAUAUAAUUUGAUUGCACCCAAAUUGGCCAUUUUAAUUUAUAGGAUUCAUAAAAUAUUCAAUAAAUAUAGUAUCUAACAUCCGAAUUGGACCAAACUUUUUCUAACAAUGAGUAAGACAUAAGGAAUCCAAAGAAAUGGUCAAAGGCCACUCACAGACACCCCACGCCAAUCUCAACCCAACAUUGAGUAUACAGUAUCAGUUCUCUAUGUCUGACAAGUAGUACGGAGCUGCGGCUUGGAUUAUAUUUCUUAUUGUUGUUGCAUUGUCGAGAAGGAACCUGCAAGUAAGCAUUUUGUUGGAUGAUGUAUACCAUGCAUAUACAUGCAACAAUUUCAAAGAUUUUACUGAGUUACAGUUCAUGUAAGGAAAUCAGUCAAUUGAAAUGAAUUCAUUAGGCCCUAAUCUAUGGAUUUCAUAUGACUGGGAAAGCAGAUAUGCAUCUGUUGGUUACAGAUACCUUUAAAAAAAAGAUAGGGGUGUUGAUCAGAAAACCAGUCAGUAUCUCGUGUGACCAUUAUUUGCCUCAUGCAAUGGCUGUGCGAAGUUGCCGGAUAUUGGCGGGAACUGGAACACGCUGUCACACAUGUCGAUCCAGAGCAUCCCAAACAUGCUUGCUCAAUGGGUGACAUGUCUGGUGAGUAUGCAGACCAUGGAAGAACUGGGACAUUUUCAGCUUCCAGGAAUUGUGUACAGAUCCUUGCAACAUGGGGCUGUGCAUUAUCAUGCUGAAACAUGAGGUGAUGGCGGCAGAUGAAUGGCACGACAAUGGGCCUCAGGAUCUCGUCACGGUAUCUCUGUGCAUUGAAAUUGCCAUAAAUAAAAUGCAAUUGUGUACAUUGUCUGUAGCUUAUGCCUGCCCAUACCAUAACCCCACCGGCACCAUGGGGCAAUCUGUUCACAACGUUGACAUCAGUAAACUGCUCACCCACAUGACGCCAUCUGCCAUCUGCCCGGUACAGUUGAAACUGGGAUUCAUCCGUGAAGAGCCAUUGAAGGUGAGCAUUUGCCUACUGAAGUUGGUUACGACACUGAACUGCUGUCAGGUCAAGACCCUGGUGAGGACGACGAGCACGCAGAUGAGCUUCCCUGAGACGGUUUCUGACAGUUUGUGCAGAAAUUAUUCAGUUGUGCAAACCACAGUUUCAUCAGCUCUACGGGUGACUGGUCUCAGACGAUCCCGCAGGUGAAGAAGCUGGAUGUGGAGGAAUUGGGCUGGCAUGGUUAUACGUGGUCUGCGGUAUGAGGCCAGUUGGACAUACUGCCAAAUUCAAUAAAAAUACUUUGGAGGCGACUUAUGGUAGAGAAAUGAACAUUACAUUCUCUGGCAACAGCUCUGGUGGACAUUCCUGCAAUGAGUAUGACAAUUGCACCCUCCCUCAAAACUUCUGUGGCAUUGUGUUGUGUGAAAAAACUGCACAUUUUAGAGUAGCCUUUUAUUGUCCCCAGCACAAGGUGCACCUGUGUAAUGAUCAUGCUGUCUAAUCAGAUCCUUAAUAUGCCACACUUGUCAGAUGGAUGGAUUAUCUUGGCAAAGGAGAAAUGCUCACUAACAGGGAUGUAAACAAAUGUGUGCACAAUAUUUGAGAGAAAUAAGCUUUUUGUGCAAAUGGGACAUUUCUGGGAUAUUUUAUUUCAGCUCAUGAAACAUGGGACCAACACUUUACAUGUUGCGUUUAUAUUUUUGUUCAGUAAAUAUUCUCAUUGUUGAGGUGGGAUUGGCGUGGGUUGUCCCUGGCUGGCUUUUGACAAUUUCAUUGGAUUCAUCAUGUCUAACUCCUUGUUAUUAAAAAACGUUUGUACAAAUCAGAUGUUAGGUACUUUUUUAUUGAAUAUUAUAUGCAUCCUAUACAUUAAAAUGGCUAAUUUGGAUACAAUCAAUUAACUUAAUUUUUCAGAGAUCAAAUUAUAUUUCAACAAAAUAAUGUUGCAGGAAUGCUAAUCUUAUCUGUUUCUAACUACAGAAACGAGUUCAGAACAAUCUGAGAUGGUGGGUGCCGAAAUCCUCUUUCUUGUGCUUUUUCCCAAUAGAGAGGGAAAUAUAGCACAGUCCAUUGGGUCCAGCAAUAAGGCGAUGAGAGGGCUGGAGGGGGCUUGGCUGCUGAAAGAGGAAGAGGUGUUAGGGUAGGGACAGGAGAUAAGAUAUAAGAGGCAUAGUGGUUAUGAAAAUAGUCUUCCUAAACAUUUCUUCUUCAAGGGGUCAAUUUGGGGAGAUUCAGUAGCUAGGUAAUAUGCUAAAGGGAUGUCAUUAAAAAAAAUGUUUUUACCUGUUGAGAUAAACAGGGCUGCCCGAUAUCUCUGUGUGUCUACAGAAGGCUGAGUGGUACCUGAGGCGCCAUAAGCAGGAGCUGGAGCUACUAGUGAUCGGCAGUGAGAACAUGCACGUGGAAUUUACAGAAGGGGUGAGUACAGUACAUUGAUGACAAAUGGCGACUUAGUCUCUUAUUUGAACUUUUUGGGCUGUCUCUGAUACUUGUGAAUGGCUGCCAUGACUACUGAAAGGUCAAUUGGGUGACAUUUCUGGCCCCGUUACUGGAACAAGUAAUUAUUUUAAUAGAGCACAAAAAUGAGAGCCAGAGCUGGAGCAAGAUUACUGAUUUAGGAUCAGUUUUGCUUUUUAGAUCACAAUGAAUAAAAUUAAAUGGAGGGGGGGAUCUGAUCCUAGAUCAGCACUCGUACUCUGUGACGCUUGUUGAUACAUAUGGGCCGUAUGUAGGACAGUAACAGGUGCCUGGUAGUUACACCAUUAUGUCCGCAGGACACAGCACCACCUUGUGGCCAUGAUGGAAACCCAUCGGUGCUCCAGCUUUUCAUUCAUGGACUUUUUGCACUAUAAUGCUUCUGAAUCUGCAUCAUUUACAUAUAGUUGUAGUAUAGAUUAGUAUAUAAAUUACUAUAUAAGGAGUUUGUAUAUAGUAUAUACACUGAGUGUACAAAACAUUAGGAACAUGACAUAGACUGACCAGGUGAAUCCAGGUGAAAGCUAUGAUAAUAAUAUAAUAAUAUGCCAUUUAGCAGACGCUUUUAUCCAAAGCGACUUACAGUCAUGUGUGCAUUAAUUUUUACGUUUGGGUGGUCCCGGGAAUCGAACCCACUACCCUGGCGUUACAAGCGCCAUGCUCUACCAAUUUAUCCUUAUUGAUGACACUUGUUAAAUCCACUUCAAUCACUGUAGAUGAGGGGAGGAUACAGGUUAAAGAAGGAUUUUUAAGCAUUCAGACCAGGGAUGGACAACUUUGACGGGGGUUGGGGCAACAAAAAAAUCAGAACUCAUCAUUAGGGGCCGCAGUGGCUCGUGGGUCUUUAGAAUUGUUUGCUAAUUUAUUAAAUAUAAAACAAAUGAAAUAUCACAUUUACAAAAGUAUUCAGACCCUUUACUCAGUACUUUGUUGAAGCACCUUUGGCAGCGAUUACAGCAUCGAGUCUUCUUGGGUAUGACGCUACAAGCUUUCCACACCUGUAUUUGGGGAGUUUCUCCCAUUCUUCUCUGCAGAUCCUCUCAAGCUCUGUCAGGUUGGAUGGGGAGCAUUGCUGCACAGCUAUAUACAGGUCUCUCCAGAGAUGUUCGAUCGGGUUCAAGUCCGGGCUCUGGCUGGGCCACUCAAGGACAUUCAGAGACUUGUCCCGAAGCCACUCCUGCGUUGUCUUGGCUGUGUGCUUAGGGUCGUUGUCCUGUUCGAAGGUGAACCUUCGCCCCAGUCUGAGGUCCUGAGCGCUCUGGAGCAGGUUUUCAUCAAGGAUCUCUCUGUACUUUGCUCCGUUCAUCUUUGUCUCGAUCCUGAUUAGUCUCCCAGUCCCGGUCGCUGAAAAACAUCCCCACAGCAUGAUGCUGCCACCACCAUGCUUCACCGUAGGGAUGGUGCCAGGUUUCCUCCAGACGUGACACUUGGCAUUCAGGCCAAAGAGUUCAAUCUUGGUUUCAUCAGACCAGAGAAUCUUCUUUCUCAUGGUCUGAGAGUCUUUAGGUGCCUUUUGGCAAACUCCAAGCGGGCUGUCAUGUGCCUUUUACUGAGGAGUGGCUUCCGUCUGACCACUACCAUAAAGGCCUGAUUGGUGAGGGGCUGCAGAUAUGGUUGUCCUUUUGGAAGGUUCUCCCAUCUCCACAGAGGAACUGUAGAGCUCUGUCAGAGUGACCAUCGGGUUCUUGAUCACCUUCCUGACCAAGGCCCUUCUCCCCCGAUUGGUCAGUUUGGCCGGGCGGCCAGCUCUAGGAAGAGUCUUGGUGGUUCCAAACUUCUUCCAUUUAAGAAUUAUGGAGGCCACUGUGUUCUUGGGGACCUUCAAUGCUGCAGGAAUGUUUUGGUGCCCUUCCCCAGAUCUGUGCCUCAACACAAUCCUGUCUCGGCGCUCUACGGACAAUUCCUUCAACCUCAUGGCUUGGUUUUUGCUCUGACAUGCACUGUCAACUGUGGGACCUUAUAUAGACAGGUGUGUGCCUUUCCAAAUCAUGUCCAAUCAAUUGAAUUUACCACAGGUGGUAAAUCAAGUUGUAGAAACAUCUCAAGGAUGAUCAAUGGAAACAGAAUGCACCUGAGCUCAAUUUCGAGUCUCAUAGCAAAGGGUCUGAAUACAUAUGUAAAUAACCUGUUUUCGCUUUGUCAUUAUGGGGUAUUGUGUGUAGAUUGCUGAGGAUUUUUUUUAUUAACUCCAUUUUAGAAUAAGGCUGUAACUUAACAAAAUGUGGAAAAAGUCAAGGGCACUGUAUAUAUAUUUUUUCACUCAGUUCGUGCUAUUCUACUUAUUGAGAAAUAUUAGCAGUUUUAAAGUUAAUUUCCUGCAAUUCUGCACAUUUUGCCAAUGGAUGGAGGCAAACGUUUGCAGUUUUUAAUAUGAUAACUGAUGAUCAAUGGGCCCCACCCCCAUUAUGCUUACUACCACUAGACUAACUUACCAAUCUAAAACAAUUAAUCUGAAAUGGGCUAAUUGAGUGACUGCUGAUACACAACCACAUUUCUAAAUUGCACCUUGUGUAUUCUAUGAUUUUAACUCUCAGCAGUGAGUUGAGACACCGACUGAGUUCCUAAAAAAUAUAUAUAUAUAUAUUGGUGAAAUUGGUCCGUGGGCCAACAAAAGGGGGGCGGCCCGCGGGUCCCCAGUUGCCCAUCCCUGAUUCAGACAAUUGAAACAUGGAUUGUGUAUGUGUGCCAUUCAGAAGGUGAAUUGGCAAGACAAAAUAUGUAAGUGCCUUUGAACAGGGUGUGUCAAGAACUGCAACACUGCUGGGUUUUUCAUGCUCAACAGUUUCCCGUGUGUAUCAAGUAAUGUCCACCACCCAAAGGACAUCCAGCCAACUUGACAUUGGAGUCAACACGGGCCAGUAUCCCUUUGGAACACUUUCAACACCUUGUAGAGUCCAUGCCCCGACAAAUUGAGGGUGUUCUGAGGGCAAAAGGGGGCACCUCAAUAUUAGGAAGGUGUUCCUAAUGUUUUGUACACUCAGUGUAGGUUUACUUACUAUGACUGUAAUAUGUGGUUGUCUUACCUAGAUACCUUAAGAUGAAUGCUCUAACUGUAAGUUGUUCUGGAUAAGAGCGUCCGCUAAAUGAAUAAAAUGUAACAUUCUGAUCUGUCAGUGUUUUACCUUGUCUUGUAGCAUUACUGGACCAGCACAGGUGGACGAGAGGAUUCUAACAGGUGAGCAAACCUAGAAAUAUCCUCUUGGAAAUGUCAACGUGUUCAGUAGUUGUCCUGUAUAAUAAUGAAUAUCAGAUGUAUAGUUCACAAGAACAACACAGUGUCAGAUAGAUAGUUAGAAUCAAGUGAUGCUUUUCACUUAUAGACAAUAAUAAAUGAAUGAAAACGGUACUAUAUCCUGUGUCGUAUUUGACUGUAGUGACUCUGCUUUGUGUUGUAUACACCACUGACAUCUAUGGGAUACUUUCAGUAUAGCAUGCAUGCUGUAUAAUCUGUUGUGGAAAAAAAAAUAUAUAGUUGCACACUUUAUAAUGCUCCCAAUAAUUGAAUCAGUUUAUUUGAAGCAUGUGUGUGAAUAUCUUUAUUUAUUUUUUACACACGUUACUAUAUUCCGUUGAUCAGCACCUUUUCUACUUUUUGGGGUGUGCGUGUUCUCAUGCUUUUUACUGGACUCCUGACCUGGGUUCAAAUACUAUUUAGGGUAUUUCAAUUACUUUCAAAGACAUUUCAAAGUAAGUAUUUUGAUAUAUAUAUAUAUAUAUAUUGAUAUAUAUAUAUAUAUAUAUAUAUAUAUAUAUAUAUAUAUAUAUAUAUAUAUAUAUAUAUAUAUAUAUAUAUAUAUAUAUAUAUAUAUAUAUAUAUAUAUAUAUAUUGAUAUAUAAGUAUACAAGUAAGUUGAAUAUCGGAAUAUAUUUGGAAAUACUUUCAAACACAUCAAAUAGAAGUAGUUGAUUUGUAGUAGUAGUUGAAUGUUUGAUCCAAGAUGGCGUAGGAGUGCGGUCGUGUACUCUGUUGUAUGUCCGUGUAAAUAGCCUGUUUUUUCUUCUUUUGUCUUUUGUUGUAUAUAUUUCCCCUAUCACACUUUUCAUCCUUCUACUAAAUAUACUUUCCUGCAACCCGCCUCACUCAAUGUGGAACGUAUUCUCCUGUUGAAACUAGCUAGCCAGCUAACUAGCUACUUGCUAUUAGCCACCGUUAGCGGUUUUCACCCAGAACAUCUGAUUUUCUGCCGGAAUAACUGAAUCACUGGACCUUAACACCUGAUCGCAACCAACUAGCCGCAACCGAAUGGAUGUUGCUGUUGGCUAAUCACCACUGCCCCCGAAGCAAGCACCAGUUAGCCUUGAGCUAGCCUCGAGCCAGGCCCAUAUCCCGGCUAUCUACCUCUCUGUCUACCGGACGGGAGUAGCCAGCUAACUAGCUACUUGCUAUUAGCCACCAUUAGCAGGUUUUUCCACCAUUGUCCGUGGCCUGCACUACCUACCAGCUAACUCUAGCCUGGACUAUUAUCAGCCAGUCUGCAUAGCGCGUUAUCGACCCAGAACAUAUUGGAUUUUCUACCGGAAUCACUGAAUCACUGGACCUUUAACACCGGAUCAUCGCAACUAGCUAGCUGCAACCGAAUGGAUGUUGUGGUUGGCUAAUCCGCCUUGAGCUAGCCUCGAGUCAGGCCCAUCUCCCGGCUAUCUACCUCUCUGUCAACCGGGCGGGACCUCCUAGUGUCGACACGGAGCCCCGCCGAUCCAUCACGACUGGUCUGCCGAUGUAAUCGUCUGUGGUUUCAACAGGCUUCUCGUUGCGACGACCACGAAGAUCCAUCUGCUAGCCCCGGCCCGCAAUUCAACAGCCGUGCUUCCUGAUCGCCUGUGCGGUAGCACCAAUUCAAACUGCUCUCGGACUCACAUUGCUGUUCACUGGACCUUAUGAUCACUCAGCUGCACAGCUGAUGCCUGCUGGACUGUUCCUUUACAUGGUACCCUGUCCUGUUUUAUCUGUUUAGCCUCAGCCCAAACUUUCAUCGCCAUUACCAGUUGUUGUCUUAGCUCUCUCGAAUAACACCUGUGAUUGCUUUAUGCCUCUCUCCCAUGUCAAUAUGCCUUGCCUAUUGCUGUUCCAGUUAGUUCUUAUAAUACCAUUUCACUGUAGAGCCCCAAGUCCCUCUCAAACUGCCUCAAAUAGCUCCUUUGUUCCACCCCCCAUACACGCGGAGACCGGCUCAAUCGGUGCCUCCAGUGAUGCUAUCUCUUUCAUUGUUACCCAACGCUUAGGUUUACCUCCACUGUACUCAUAUCCUUCCAUAUCCUUGUCUGUACAUAAUGCCCUGAAUCUAUUCUACAACGCCCGGAAAUCUGCACCUUUUAUUCUCUGUACCCAACGCACUAGAAGACCAGUUCUUAAAGCCUUUAGCCAUAUUCUUAUUCUAGUCCUCCUCUGUUCCUCUGGUGAUGUAGAGGUUAACCCAGGCCCUGCAGCCCCCAGUAUCACUCCUACUCCCCAGGCGCUAUCAUUUGUUGACUUCUGUAACCGUAAAAGCCUUGGCUUUUUGCAUGUUAACAUCAGAAGCCUCCUUCCUAAGUUUGAGUUAUUCACUGCGUUAGCACACUCCGCCAACCCUGAUGUUCUAGCAGUGUCUGAAUCCUGGCUUAGGAAGGCCACCAAAAAUUCAGAAAUGUCCAUCCCCAACUACAACAUUUUCCGUCUAGAUAGAACUGCCAAAGGGGGUGGAGUUGCAAUCUAUUGUAGAGAUAGCCUGCAGAGCUCUAUCAUACUAUACAGGUCUGUGCCCAAACAGUUUGAGAUCCUACUUCUAAAAAUCCACCUUUCCAGAAAUAAGUCUCUCACUGUUGCCACUUGCUACAGACCCCCCUCAGCCCCCAACUGUGCCCUGGACACCAUAUGUGAAUUGAUUGCUUCCCAUCUAUCCUCAGAGUUCGUACUGCUUGGUGACCUAAACUGGGAAAUGCUUAACACCCCGGCCAUCCUACAAUCCAAACUAGAUGCCCUCAAUCUCACACAAAUUAUAAAGGAACCUACCAGGUACAACCCUCAAUCUGUAAACAUGGGCACCCUCAUAGAUAUCAUCCUGACUAAUUUACCCUCUAAAUACACCUCCGCUGUCUUCAACCAGAAUCUCUUUCGCCUUAUUGCCUGCAUCCGUAACGGGUCCGCGGUCAAACGACCACCCCUCAUCACUGUCAAACGAGAACCGACCAUUUCGAAUCCCACCGUACCUUUUCCACUAUGCAAGCCGGUUUCCGAGCUGGUCAUGGGUGCACCUCAGCCACGCUCAAGGUCCUAAACGAUAUUAUAACCGCAAUCGAUAAUAGACAGUACUGUGCAGCCGUCUUCAUCGACCUGGCCAAGGCUUUUGACUCUGUCAACCACCGCAUUCUUAUUGGCAGACUAAAUAGCCUUGGUUUCUCAAAUGACUGCCUCGCCUGAUUCACCAACUACUUCUCAGAUAGAGUUCAAUGUGUCAAAUCGGAGGGCCUGUUGUCUGGACCUAUGGCAGUCUCUAUGGGGGUGCCACAGGGUUCAAACGACCACCCCUCAUCACUGUCAAACGCUCCCUAAAACACUUUAGCGAGCAGGCCUUCCUAAUUGACCUGGCCCAGAUAUCCUGGAUGGAUAUCGAUCUCAUUCCGUCAGUAGAGGAUGCCUGGUUGUUCUUUAAAAGUGCUUUCCUCUCAAUCUUAAAUAAGCAUGCCCCAUUCAAAAAAUUCAGAACUAAGAACAAAUAUAGCCCCUGGUUCUCCUCAGACUUGACUGCCCUUGACCCGCACAAAAACAUCCUGUGGCGUACUGCAUUAGCAUCGAAUAGCCCCCGCGAUAUGCAACUUUUCAGGGAAGUUAGGAACCAAUAUACACAAGCAGUUAGGAAAGCAAAGGCUAGCUUUUUCAAACAGAAAUUUGCAUCCUGUAGCACUAACUCCAAAAAGUUUUGGGACACUGUAAAGUCCAUGGAGAAUAAGAGCACCUCCUCCCAGCUGCCCACUGCACUGAGGAAACCUGACUCUCAGAUCCACCUCUACGCAGACGACACCAUUUUGUAUACAUCUGGCCCUUCAUUGGACACUGUGUUAACAAACCUCAAAGCGAGCUUCAAUGCCAUACAACACUCCUUCCGUAGCCUCCAACUGCUCUUAAACACUAGUAAAACUAAAUGCAUGCUCUUCAAUCGAACGCUACUCUCGGCGGGUCUGACCUAGAGUAUGUGGACAACUACAAAUACCUAGGUGUCUGGUUAGACUGUAAACUAUCCUUCCAGACACACAUUAAGCAUCUCCAAUCAAAAGUGAAAUCUAGAAUCGGCUUCCUAUUUCGCAACAAAGCCUCCUUCACUCAUGCUGCCAAACAUGCCCUCGUUAAACUGACUAUCCUACCGAUCCUUGACUUCGGCGAUGUCAUUUACAAAAUAGCCUCCAACACUCUACUCAGCAAAUUGGAUGUAGUCUAUCACAGUGCCAUCCGUUUUGUCACCAAAGCCCCAUAUACUACCCACCACUGUGACCUGUACGCUCUUGUUGGCUGGUCCUCACUACAUAUUCAUCGCCAAACCCACUGGCUCCAGGUCAUCUAUAAAUCACUGCUAGGCAAAUCCCCGCCUUAUCUUAGCUCAUUGGUCACCAUAGCAACACCCACCCGUAGUAUGCGCUCCAGCAGGUAUAUCUCACUGGUCAUCCCCAAAGCCAACUCCUCCUUUGGCCGCCAUUCCUUCCAGUUCUCUGCUGCCAAUGACUGGAACGAACUGCAAAAAUCUCUGAAGCUGGAGACUCUUAUCUCCCUCACUAACUUUAAGCAUCAGUUGUCAGAGCACCUUACCGAUCACUGCACCUGUACAUAGCCCAUCUGAAAUUAGCCCACCCAACUACCUCAUCCCCAUAUUGUUAUUUAUUUUGCUCAUUUGCACCCCAGUAUCUCUAUUUGCACAUCCUUUCUUGCACAUCUAUCAUUCCAGUGUUAAUACUAAAUUGUAAUUAUUUUGCACUAUGGCCUAUUUAUUGCCUUACCUCCAUAACUUGCUACAUUUGCACACACUGUACAGUAGGGGAAAAAAGUAUUUAGUCAGCCACCAAUUGUGCAAGUUCUCCCACUUAAAAAGAUGAGAGAGGCCUGUAAUUUUCAUCAUAGGUACACGUCAACUAUGACAGACAAAUUGAGAAAAAAAAUCCAGAAAAUCACAUUGUAGGAUUUAUAAUGAAUUUAUUUGCAAAUUAUGGUGGAAAAUAAGUAUUUGGUCACCUACAAACAAGCAAGAUUUCUGGCUCUCACAGACCUGUAACUUCUUCUUUAAGAGGCUCCUCUGUCCUCCACUCGUUACCUUUAUUAAUGGCACCUGUUUGAACUUGUUAUCAGUAUAAAAGACACCUGUCCACAACCUCAAACAGUCACACUCCAAACUCCACUAUGGCCAAGACCAAAGAGCUGUCAAAGGACACCAGAAACAAAAUUGUAGACCUGCACCAGGCUGGGAAGACUGAAUCUGCAAUAGGUAAGCAGCUUGGUUUGAAGAAAUCAACUGUGGGAGCAAUUAUUAGGAAAUGGAAGACAUACAAGACCACUGAUAAUCUCCCUCGAUCUGGGGCUCCACACAAGAUCUCACCCCGUGGGGUCAAAAUGAUCACAAGAACGGUGAGCAAAAAUCCCAGAACCACACGGGGGGACCUAGUGAAUGACCUGCAGAGAGCUGGGACCAAAGUAACAAAGCCUACCAUCAGUAACACACUACGCCGCCAGGGACUCAAAUCCUGCAGUGCCAGACAUGUCCCCCUGCUUAAGCCAGUACAUGUCCAGGCCCGUCUGAAGUUUGCUAGAGUGCAUUUGGAUGAUCCAGAAGAGGAUUGGGAGAAUGUCAAAUGGUCAGAUGAAACCAAAAUAGAACUUUUUGGUAAAAACUCAACUCGUCGUGUUUGGAGGACAAAGAAUGCUGAGUUGCAUCCAAAGAACACCAUACCUACUGUGAAGCAUGGGGGUGGAAACAUCAUGCUUUGGGGCUGUUUUUCUGCAAAGGGACCAGGACGAACCAUCCGUGUAAAGGAAAGAAUGAAUGGGGCCAUGUAUCGUGAGAUUUUGAGUGAAAACCUCCUUCCAUCAGCAAGGGCAUUGAAGAUUAAACGUGGCUGGGUCUUUCAGCAUGACAAUGAUCCCAAACACACCGCCCGGGCAACGAAGGAGUGGCUUCGUAAGAAGCAUUUCAAGGUCCUGGAGUGGCCUAGCCAGUCUCCAGAUCUCAACCCCAUAGAAAAUCUUUGGAGGGAGUUGAAAGUCUGUUGGCCAACGACAGCCCCAAAACAUCACUGCUCUAGAGGAGAUCUGCUUGGAGGAAUGGGCCAAAAUACCAGCAACAGUGUGUGAAAACCUUGUGAAGACUUACAGAAAACGUUUGACCUGUGUUAUUGCCAACAAAGGGUAUAUAACAAAGUAUUGAGAAACUUUUGUUAUUGACCAAAUACUUAUUUUCCACCAUAAUUUGCAAAUAAAUUCAUUAAAAAUCCUACAAUGUGAUUUUCAGGAAUUCUUUUUCUCAUUUUGUCUGUCAUAGUUGACGUGUACCUAUGAUGAAAAUUACUGUCAAGGGCUGAUGUGGAUGUGGUGUUGGAGUCAGGCGCAGGACACAGAAGCUUAGUCCAACAGACUUUACUAGUUAGAAACACGACGCAUACUGUGCGCAAAUACACAAAAUACAAAAGAAUACGCAAAUAGUGCGUCCGUACUCUAAAUACACGAGAGCAAAAUACACAGCACCAAUUGACAGGCGGACAAUUACACACAACUAACUACACACAAAACGAGAAACGUAUAGGGGACAUAAUGAACACUAAAUGGAAACAGGUGUACAAGGAAGACAAAACCAAACCAACAUCGAUAACAUUCAAUGGUGGCAGCUAGUACUCCGGGGACGACGAACGCCGAAGCCUGCCCGAGCAAGGAGGAGGAGCAGCCUCGGCCGAAUCCGUGACAGUACCCCCCCCUUGACGCGUGGCUCCAGCCGUGCGCCGACCCCGGCCUCGGGGACGACCAGGAGGACGCGGAGCAGGGCGCGUGGGAUGACCACGGUGGAACUCAGUCAGGAGAGAUGGAUCUAAGAUGUCCCUCCUUGGCACCCAGCACCGUUCCUCCGGGCCGUACUCCUCCCACUCCACGAGAUAUUGGAGACCCCCCAUCCGACGUCUCGAAUCCAUGAUGGACCGAACUGUGUACGCCGGAGCCCCCUCGAUGUCCAGUUGGGGCGGAGGAGUCUCUCUUAUCUCACAGUCCUGGAGUGGACCAGCUACCACCAGCCUGAGAAGAAACACAUGGAACGAGGGGUUAAUGUGAUAAUCAAUAGGCAGUUGUAACCUGUAACACACCUCGUUCAAUCUCCUCAGGACUUUAAAUGGCCCCACAAACCGCCGACCCAGCUUCCAGCAGGGCAGGCGGAGGGGCAGGUUUCGAGUCGAGAGCCAGACUCGAUCUCCAGGUGCGUACACCGGACCCUCACUGCGGUGGAGAUCGGCGCUCGCCUUUUGUCGACGGAUGGCCCGCUGCAGAUGGACGUGUGCAGCGUUCCACGUCUCCUCCGAGCGCCGCACCCACUCAUCCACCGCAGGAGCUUCGAUCUGGCUCUGAUGCCAUGGUGCCAGAACCGGCUGAUACCCCAACACACACUGGAAAGGGGUUAGGUUGGUGGAGGAGUGGCGAGAGAGUUCUGUGCCAUCUCUGCCCAGGGGAUAUACCUCGCCCACUCCUCCGGCCGGCCCUGGCAAUAAGAUCUCAGAAACCUACCCACAUCCUGGUUCACUCUUUCUACCUGCCCAUUGCUCUCUGGGUGGUACCCCGAGGUAAGGCUCACCGAGACCCCCAAGCGCUCCAUGAACGCCCUCCAGACUCUGGAGGUGAACUGGGGACCUCGAUCAGACACUAUAUCCUCGGGCACCCCGUAGUGCCGAAAGACGUGGGUGAACAGUGCCUCAGCGGUCUGUAGGGCAGUAGGGAGACCCGGCAUUGGGAGGAGACGACAGGCCUUAGAGAACCGAUCCACAACGACCAGUAUAGUGGUAUUCCCCUGAGAGGGGGGAAGGUCUGUAACGAAAUCCACCGAGAGGUGAGACCAUGGCCGUUGUGGAAUGGGUAGGGGUUGUAACUUCCCCCUGGGCAGGUGUCUAGGCGCCUUACACUGGGCGCACACCGAGCAGGAGGAGACAUAAACCCUCACAUCCCUAGCUAAAGUUGGCCACCAGUAGUUAGCGCUAAGGCAGUGCACUGUCCGGCCAAUACCUGGAUGUCCAGGAGGAGGGGGACGUAUGAGCCCAAUAAAUCAGACGAUCCCGAACCUCGAGCGGAACGUACGUCCGACCCACAGGACACUCUGGGGGACUAGGGUCGGUACGCAACGCCCGCUCGAUUUCGGCAUCGACCUCCCACACCACCGGUGCCACCAGACAAGACUCCGGCAGUAUGGGAGUGGGCUCAAUGGACCUCUCCUCUGUAUCAUACCGCCGGGACAGGGCGUCUGCCUUACCGUUCUGGGACCCAGGGAUGUAAGUUAUUUUAAAUACGAACCGGGUUAGAAACAUGUUCCACCGAGCCUGACGAGGGUUCAAUCUCCUAGCUGCCCGGAUGUAUUCCAGGUUAUGGUGGUCAGUCAAAAUGAGAAAAGGGUGUUGAGCCCCCUCAAGUCAAUGCCUCCACACCUUUAGGGCCUGUACCACGGCUAACAGCUCCCUGUCCCCUACGUCAUAAUUUCGCUCCGCUGGGCUGAGCUUCUUGGAAUAAAAAGCACAGGGGCGGAGUUUAGGUGGCGUGCCGGACCGUUGCGACAGUACGGCCCCAAUACCGGCCUCUGACGCGUCCACCUCUACCUGGAAUGGUAAAGCGGGGUCCGGAUGCGCCAGCACCGGAGCCGAAGUGAACAGGUCCUUCAGUCUCCCAAAAGCCCUGUCCGCCUCAGCUGACCACUGCAAACGCACCGGGCCCCCCUUCAGCAGGGAAGUUAUGGGAGCUGCCACCUGUCCAAAACCCCGGAUAAACCUCCGGUAGUAAUUGGCAAAACCCCAAAACUGCUGCACCUCUUUAACCGUGGUUGGGGUUUGCCAAUUACGCACGGCUGACACACGGUCAACCUCCAUCUUCACCCCUGACGCGGACAACCGAUAACCCAAAAAGGAGACAGACUCCUGGAAAAACAGACAUUUCUCUGCCUUGACAUACAAGUCGUGCUCCAACAGCCUCCCCAACACUCGACGCACCAGGGCUACAUGCUCGGCUCGGGUAGAAGAGUACACUAGAAUGUCGUCAAUGUACACCACCACACCUUGCCCAUGCAUGUCCCGGAAGAUCUCGUCCACAAACGAUUGGAAGACUGAAGGAGCAUUCAUUAACCCGUAUGGCAUGAUGAGAUACUCAUAAUGACCCGAGGUGGUACUAAAUGCUGUCUUCCAUUCAUCUCCCUCCCUAAUGCGCACCAAGUUGUAGGCGCUCCUGAGAUCCAGUUUUGUGAAGAAACGCGCUCCGUGUAAUGAUUCCGUCAUACUCGCAAUCAGAGGGAGUGGAUAACUGUAUUUCACAGUGAUCUGAUUGAGACUACGGUAAUCAAUACACGAGCGCAACCCUCCAUCCUUCUUCUUCACAAAAAAGAAACUUGAGGACGCAGGGGAAGUGGAGGGCCGUAUGUAUCCCUGUCUCAGAGACUCGGCUAUGUAUGUCUCCAUAGCCACCUUCUCCUCUUGAGACAGAGGAUACACAUGGCUCCGCGGAAGCGCUGCUCCUGUCUGGAGGUCUAUCGCACAAUCCCCCUGUCUAUGAGGAGGCAACCGCGACGCCCUCGUCUUGCUAAACACGAGUGCUAAAUCCUCAUACUCAGGGGGAAUGUGCAUUGCGGGCACUUGGUUCGGACUCUCCACCGAGGUCGCCCCCACGGAAACACCUAGACAUCGCCCUACACACUGGGCAGACCACUCCUUGAGAGCCCUCUGUUGCCACAAAAUUGAGGGAUUAUGGGUAAUUAACCAGGGAAGCCCCAGCACCACAGGAUACGCAGGAGAGUCGAUCAGAUAUAACUGAAUAGUUUCCUCAUGACCCCCCUGCGUACUCAUCUUAAGUGGUGCUGUGACCUCUCUAAUCAACCCCGAUCCCAACGGGCGGCUAUCUAGUGCAUGGACAGGGAAGGGAGCAUCAACAGGAAGGAGGGGAAUCCCUAACCUUACACAAAAAUUCCGAUCAACAAAAUUCCCAGCUGCGCCUGAAUCGACUAGCGCCUUAUGCUGGGAAUGAGGUGCAACCUGAGGAAGUCUUACAGGUAUACAUAAGUGAACAACAGAGAGCUCUGGGUAAGUGGGGCGCCUACUCACCUGAAAUGACUCCCCAGUGCGUGGCCUGUUGUCCCCUCCCCCUGGAGACCCUCCCCAGCACCUAGCCGCAGUGUGCCCUCCACGGCCACAGUUGGUGCAGGGGACGGCCCCCCUCGGGCUCCCUCUCCUCCUCUCUCUAGCGCCAGCACCCCCGAGCUCCAUAGGGCUCGGCUCGGAGGUGCUGGAGGGUGGAAUGGACGGCCCCCACUCGGGACGUCCGCGGGUAGCCAGCAGGGUGUCGAGAUGGAUGGACAUGUCCACCAACUGGUCGAACGAUAGGUUGGUGUCCCUGCAGGCCAGCUCUCGACGAACGUCCUCCCGUAGACUGCAUCGAUAGUGGUCCGCUCAUUCCACCCCGCAUCCGCCGCUAGAGUCCGGAAUUCCAGGGCGAACUCCUGUGCGCUCCUCUUCCCCUGUCGGAGGUGGAAUAGACGCUCCCCCGCCGCUUUCCCCUCAGGUGGAUGGUUGAACACUGCCCUGAAGUGGCGGGAGAACUCCGCGUAGGUGAUGGUGGCGGCGUCUAUUCCCCUCCAUUCGGCGUUGGCCCACUCCAACGCCUUGCCGGAGAGACAGGAGAUGAGGGCGGAAACGCUCUCGUAUCCCGAGGGCGCCGGGUGUAUGGUGGCCAGGUAGAGUGCCACCUGCAGGAGGAACCCCUGACACCCGGCUGUGGCGCCAUCAUACGCCCUCGGGAGUGAGAGCCGAAUCCCACUGGAUUCCGGAGCUGGGAUGGGAGGACUGACCGAUGGUGGUGGUAAGGUUGGAGGAGGUGUGGGCACUCCUCCGGUCUCCCAUCGGCGCAGAGUGUUGAUCACCUCAUGCAGGGAGGAUCCGAGUUGCUGGAUCCUGGCGUCUUGACCGCUGACUCGAUCCUCCAGCGACUCGGGUGCUGCUGCUGCUCCUGCUGACUCCAUGGUGGUGUGUAAUUCUGUCAAGGGCUGAUGUGGAUGUGGUGUUGGAGUCAGGCGCAGGACACAGAAGCUUAGUCCAACAGACUUUACUUGUUAGAAACACGACAAUACAAAGUAACGGGCCUCAACAACAACGGAGGCGAGCGAUUACGCAUACUGUGCGCAAAUACACAAAAUACAAAAGAAUACGCAAAUAGUGCGUCCGUACUCUAAAUACACGAGAGCAAAAUACACAGCACCAACGGACAGGCGGACAAUUACACACAACUAACUACACACAAAACGAGAAACUUAUAGGGGACAUAAUGAACACUAAAUGGAAACAGGUGUACAAGGAAGACAAAACCAAACCAACAUCGAUAACAUUCAACGGUGGCAGCUAGUACUCCGGGGACGACGAACGCCGAAGCCUGCCCGAGCAAGGAGGAGGAGCAGCCUCGGCCGAAUCCGUGACAAUUACAGGCCUCUCAUCUUUUUAAGUGGGAGAACUUGCACAAUUGGUGGCUGACUAAAUACUUUUUCCCCCCACUGUAUAUAUAUUUUCUGUUGUAUUUUUGACUUUAUGUUUUGUUUACCCCAUAUGUAACUCUGUGUUGUUGUUUUUUUAUCGCACUGCUUUGCUUUAUCUUGGCCAGGUCGCAGUUGUAAAUGAGAACUUGUUCUCAACUGGUUUACCUGGUUAAAUAAAGGUUAAAUAAAAAAUAAAAUAAAAAAUUGGCCACAUUAUUUGAAAAAUACAGAAAGUAAGUAUUUCAAAUACAAAUACUCAAAUACACAUGUAUUUGUCUGCUAGCUGCUGCCAUAGAUGUAACAUAACAAGGUACUGAAGGCCUACCGCAGCCGGAAUGAUUGUCUCAGCCUUGUUAUAAGCAUGUACUGUCUGCCUGUUUAUUUGACUCCAUGCUCUGUUCUUACAUUCCCCCAGGAUUCCCUCUGGUACAGAUGGAUGGAUGGAGUAUGUACCCAUCUCAGAAAAGAAGAACUUCACUCUGGCCCCGCCACAGGAGCUCAGAGAAGGUAGGACAUCCUCUGUUCUCUACACCAGUGGUUUUCAAACCUCUCCUCGGGGUCCUCCAGAUGUUUCACAAUUUUGUUGUAGACCUGAACUAGCUCACUUGAUCGGUUGACAAAUUGAAUCAGGUGUGCUAGCUCUAGAAUAAUUGAAAUACAUGGAACGGCUGGAGGUCCCUGAGAGGUUUAUAGCACUCUGUAAAUAAAACAUAAUUUAGAUUGAACUAACCCAUGAUGUGAUGUGUUAACAACUGGACAGAUUGUGUUCCAGCAUAGAUAAGUUAACACUUUGCCCUAAUCCUCUGUACUGGUGUGUGUGUUUGUGUGUUUGUCUGUGUGUGUGUGUGUGUACUGUAGGAGGCCCCUUGGUGUAUGACAGUGUGCAGCUGGUCCAGAACUCAAAGGCCCUGAACGGAACUCAGAGGGUUCUUCUGGAUGAUGUCAUAUCUGUGGACGAGUGUACUGAGCUCACAAACCUGGCCCAUGUAAGAUGACUAUAUUUGGUAUUUUAUUAGGAUCCCCAUUAGCUGUUGCGAAAGCAGCAGCUACUCUUCCUGGGGUCCACACAAAACAUGAAACAUGACAUAAUACAGAACAUUAAUAGACAAGAACAGCUCAAGGACAGAACUACAUCCAAAUAUUCACUAUCAUGAAUUGUACAAAGUAUAAACGUGCAUUUCAAUUUAUCUCUAUUUAGUGUGUUGUUACAGGUUUACAGUGAACACUAUGAGGCGGUUCCCCAGACACAUAUUAAGCCUAAUCCUGGACUGAAAAGCUAUUUCAAUGGAGAUUCUCCAUCGAGUAUGCUUUUUAGUCCAGGAUUAGGCUUAAUCCGUGUCCAGCAAACUGGCCCUUAGUGUACUUUGUGAACAUAGUCAUUGUUUGUUACUUUAUAAAUGCAUUUCUAGAAUAUGAGAGCCAGGGGUUCAUUCUCUUGUUUGGUCUACAGACUGUCACUAUGGCAGGAGACGGAUACCGAGGGAAGAUGUCUCCUCACACCCCCAAUGAGAGGUUUGAGGGAGCCACUGUGCUAAAAACACUGCAGGUAAACAAGCUAUACAUAGACACAAUGGUGAAGAUUAAAUCAACCUCUGUUUGAAACCACUUGAUUUGUAUUGCCCUUUUCAAGUAACAUUAAGUAUCGCUCUUGUCUCAAAGUUAUCAAAAGUCACUCUUUCAGUACAUUAGUAAGCAAAUACAGAAUAUUUUUGGUUCCUUACAAGCAGGAAUGCAAAUGAAGCUAGCCUGAGGCUAGUACUUUUCAGACCGGGCUAGUAGAACAUUUCCCAAACUAGCCCAACAGCACAGACUUUGGACCCUUGGAAAUUGCAGUCUACUAGCCUGGCUGGCCAGUGCCAAAAUCCUUAAGUUCUGUCCCUGGCAACAUGCUAGGUGAAUAUUUAACCAUGUUACUGUGUGUUACCUGCAGUAUGGCUACGAGGGCCGUGUCCCAUUGAGGAGCGCUCGUCUCUUCUAUGACGUCAGUGAGAGGGCCAGACGCAUCAUCGAGUCCUACUUCCUGCUCAAUUCAACACUCCACUUCUCCUACACACACCUGGUGUGCCGGACUGCCAUCACAGGUGAGCCAAGUCACCAGCGAUGCUACUAAUUAUACUGAAAUUCCAAUGCUGUACCUGAAUGGAGACAUGAGAAACUUCCUGAAUUUACUUAAUUUGAAUGGAAUUGACCCCAACCCUGUUAUGGUAUCAUUAUAUAUUAUUAUCAACCUUUCCUUAUAGUGUCAUACAACGUUGAGCAUUAUGUGACUUUGUGAGUUUGAGCAUGUAGGUUUAGUCAAAUCUGGUUUAGUUUGCCUCUGUGUUGCUUUAGUAAAGUUUGUUUCUGUUUUGGGCUGUUUUGGGGUUAAUAAAGUUUGUCUCUGUUUGGGUUUAAUAAAGUUUUAUCUCUGUUUGGUAUAGGGCAACAGGACCAUAGAAAUGACCUGAGCCAUCCCAUCCACGCUGACAACUGUCUGUUAGACCCAGAGGCCAACGAGUGCUGGAAAGAACCACCAGCCUACACCUACAGAGACUACAGGUUAGAGCUUAUACCUAGCUCUGGUCCUUAAUUUUUUCAUGAUGAAUAGGUUUCAGUGUAGUUAUGAAGCAGCUAAGGGUAUAAUCUUAGCUCUGGUCCAAGGCAAAGCUGCUUCCUAACUACAUUGAAACAUAUUUGUGCUAUCAAUGGCACCAUAUUAUACCAUUACCUAGUGUUAAAUAGUCAUGGUUUUCAAUGUGUCCUAAGUGCUCUGCUGUACCUGAAUGGAGAUUUUGAGGGUGGGGAGUUCAUCUUCACAGAAAUGGACGCCAAAACAGUCACAGUGAGUCCUAACCUGAGAAGGGAAAUAUUUUUUUUAAAGAGUGAAGUGAUCAAAAUAACAAAUUAUAUAUGUCUCAUAUCAUUAUUGUUGCAUGUAUUUUUUGACAUUUUUAUUAGUCUUACUAUCUUACCCUUUCUUCGUACCUUUGCAUUGCACUUUUCUGUCAUUUGGAGCCUCGUCUACAUAAAGUUGGAAUUUCCCACAUCCAAUGUGAUCCCAUUCCACAACGACAGUCAGUACUGACCCUGGUCUCCUCCUUCCCCUCCUCCUCCCCCAGGCACAGGUUAAGCCAAAUUGUGGUCGUAUGGUGGGCUUCUCGUCUGGUGGGGAGAAUCCCCAUGGAGUGAGGGCCGUCACCAGGGGGCAGAGGUGUGCCGUGGCCCUGUGGUUCACCCUGGACCCCCUCUUCAGAGAACUGGUAAACACUACAGCCAUGGCCCUAUCAUAAUGUCUUCUAUGAUUAUGUCUUUCAUAGAGACACAUGUAUAGAGUAUAGUACAUCAUGUUAUGUACAAGAUGUUUAAAAUGGCUAUUGAUUUAGGAAUAUGUAUAUUGGUAUUUAUUUAGGAAGAGGUUGAUUGCUAUUUAGUUAGGAAGAUGAUUAUAUCAUAAUACAUAACUCCUCUCUUUUCUCCCUCUCUCUUUCUCCUCUAGGAGCGCCUGCAGGCAGAUGAGGUGAUGCAGGCGUUGGACAACCAGAGCAGCCAAUCACAGUGGGACACAAGCCUCAACAUCAACCCCAAAGACGAGCUGUAG